AACUUGCAGAUUUUUUAGUUAAUUUUUUUUAGAGCCGCAUGUAUUUCACAUGUUAUUCAUUUUAAAAUCUUACAAGAUAAAAUGUUUUUAAUGCAUCAUAUACGCAAGAUUCUGAGCUGCGAUGUAUUGCUCUUCCUGCUGAAGCUCUUGCAGCUCCUCAGUGGUAAUGAUUUCUUCUGAAAAGUGCUGAAGAAAUAGAUUUCACCCAGUUCUAAGAUAUGAGUCACAAGGAUCCUGAUUUCACUACUUCCCUACUGGCUGGUGGAAUUGCAGGAUUGUCAACAGAUGUUGCACUCUUUCCCCUUGAUACUCUGAAGACUCGUCUACAAAGUAAGGCAGGUUUUAGGGCCUCGGGAGGAUUUCGUGGAAUUUAUUUUGGAUUAGGACCUGCUGCUGUUGCCUCGGCACCUGGUGCGGCAUUGUUUUUUUGCACCUAUGAGAGCACAAAGAAAAUAUUAGGAGUCCAUGUAUUGAGUAAUUACCAACCUGUGGUUCAUAUGACAGCAGCUUGUAUGGGAGAAGUUGUAUCGUCUGUAGUCAGGGUGCCAUUGGAGCUGGCCAAGCAGAGAAGACAGGCACAGCUAUAUCAGUCUUCCAUCAAAGUUUUUCAAGAUAUUUUAAAGAAUGAAGGAUUCAGGGGCUUAUUUCGUGGAUAUUUCAGUACUGUUGCAAGAGAGAUUCCAUUCUCAGUUAUUCAGUUUCCUUUGUGGGAGAUACUGAAGAAAUGGUGGUCACAAAGACAAGGAUAUUAUGUAGAUUCAUGGCAAGCAUCCCUUUGUGGAGCAUUUGCAGGUGGAUUCUCUGCAGCUUUGACAACACCGCUGGAUGUUGCGAAAACUAGAAUUAUGUUGGCAGAGCGAACUGACAGUUUAGCUAAAGGGAGCAUAACCAGUGCAAUGAAAGUAGUGUACAAACAGCAUGGCAUUCCAGG